AUGGGCUUCCCGCCCGCCUACCUCGGCACCGCCGCCGCCGCGGCCGCCGCCGCCGCCGCGGCCGCCGCGAGCGGAGGCGAGGAGCCUGCACCCCCGCCGCUGCUGCUGCACAGAGAGGCUGCGCCCGCGGCGGGAGAGGCGGAGGCCGAGGACGCGAGCGUGCCGCAGGUCGACUACCCGGGCCUCAACGUGCCGCCGCCCCCCGGCGCAGACGCGAGGCGGUGGGGGUGGAGAGGGCGGCCGGCGCCCCCGCGGCGCCAGGCCGCGCACCUCUCCGGGAUGCAGGGCGGCCGGGUUGAGGCGAGUCAGUUCGCACGCGGCUGCGCAGAGCGGCUGAGGAGCAUCGAGGCCCGCCUCGACUACUCGUGCGGCAGCCGCUGGCAAGGGCAGCUCAGUGUGUGCGACGACCUGCCGAGUGUCGCUCGGCUGCUGCUGCCGCUGCAGGUGCGGUGCGGCGCGCUGCUCGCCGGGUCGGACAGCGGAUGGCUCGAGAGCCUCGCUGCGAUGAGCGCCGCCGAGCUCGAGACGCAGAGCUCCGAGCUGACGCGGAUGGUGACGGGCCGGCUGAAUGAGCUCGACAGGGCGGUCCCGCCGGUGCGCAAGCCGUCCGAGAUCCUGGGCGAGGUGGUGUUCAAGCAGUUCAAGGGGCACGGCACAUUCCUCGGCACCGUCAUCGAGUUCGACCAGCAGACCGGCUUCCGCCUCCAGUACGACGACGGGGACACCGAGGACGUCUCUUGGAACGACCUCCGCACGAUGAUGAUGCCGCGCGGGACGGGAGAGGCGAUGCCCCCCGCACCCAAGGAGCGAGGGGAGCGGCCGCCCACGACGCCAGGCACGCCGAGCGGCGGCGGCGGCGGAGGCGGGGUGGACGGUGGAGGUGCGCGGGCGCAGCACCGCCUACGUGUCUCCCGACGGGAUGACGCACUUCUCGACGCUUGCGAAGGUCCAGCGGUACCACAAGCAACAGAUGGCGCUCGCGGAGCGCUUCCAGCAGCAGCAGCAGCGACACGCCGAGGCGAAGAAGCGCGAGAAGGAGAAGGAGGCGCUCGAGCAGAAGCAAAAGCAAAAGCAGGGGGGCGCGAGCGGCGGCGAGCCGCCGGCCGCCAAGGGCGGCAACGGCAGCGGCGGCGGCGGCGGGGAGGCGGGGGCAGAGAGGGAGGCGAGGAGCACGAGCGCCGUUUCGCCACGGGCCGCCGAGCGCUCUCCCCGCGCGCUGUCUCUGCGCGGAGCUCCCCGGGCGGAGGAGCUGCUUCCGCCACCUCCGGCCUUCACGCCGAGCGGCGGCGGCGGCGGCGGCGGCGAGGGCGGAAGCAACGGCAGCGGGCUCCUCCACCCACCGGCGGCGGAAGGGACGAGUGGCGGAGGCCCGGCCGGUGCAUCCAUCCUCCGAGAGGCAGAGCAGGCGCAGGGGUAGCCCCAAGAUCUCGUAUACAGUCGCGGCGCGAGUCGGUCUAGGCGCAGUCGCACGCCCAGCAUCGAGUCUCUCCAGUCCAUGCAUGAUGCAAGCAUCCCCGCUGGUUUCGACCUUACUUCAUACUU